AUGCGUCAAGCAACAAAUAGCAGAACAGAGAGAUAUUACGCCAUCAGCAACACGCUUUUGACUAUUGCAACUGACUCGAGAUUGUAUUCGGAGAAGGCGAUCACGGCUAUUGAAGCGAUUAAGCUCGUACCCCUGAGCGCACUGACAACAGCUACGAGGACUGAGGUGGAUGCUCUUAUUCUUACGCCGCUAAAAAGAAGCCAGAAGGACGGUUCUUAUCCACGGUUCAGCGGUAAAUCAUGGUCCAUAUCCUUGUCCAUUGCCUGUUGCUGCCGCGCUGCCAAGUUCUUCGCAGAGGAUCGCGGUGCCACUUGUACUAAGUAUUGCGUAGAGUCUGUGGUAUCGGAAUUCAAUACUGAAAUGACCUCAGUCGUGGUAGAAAGUCAAUAUCGAGAACCUGUUCGGAAGAAUACUGCCUAAUUUAGGAUUCCGAGGUCGCAACGGCACCGAUCCACUCGGGAUGGUAGGGUCUGCUGACUUCUGAAACAUUGCUCCGUUGUCCUUGAAGAUGAUGUAGUAUCAGUUCC